GCUUCGCUCACAGGACGAGGAGAUCGUCAUUGAUGGACGCAGCCUUAGUGUUGCGUCCGUCGUCGCCUGUGCUAGGUACGUGUGCACCAACAGACCCCGACCGCCGCUAAUCUAGCAUUAGGUACGGACAGGAUGUAGGCAUGAGUGAAGAGAUGUCGGAAACCAUACGGAGACACACCGAAGCCAAAUAUGGCGAAUUAGUUGAAGUAGGCUCAUUCAGACCUUUGAGUUAUGAUAGCGCUGCUCCUAUACGCGUAUCAGCAAUCGAAAUCGUACAGGGAGACAUGAUACGUGAUAGCCAUUACGCGAUUCUGUCUGGCGAGACUGAAAUCGAUAUAUCGAAUGCCACUCGCGCGUUUUCUUCGGCUAUUCCGCUACUUGAUCCUAUUGAAAACACUACCAUGCCAGAAUCAUGGGUCAGGGCUCAGAUGCUGAUUCGAGCCAACUCGUUGGCGUACCCGAGUGUAGGUGUGCGGCCUGUUCUUUUGGAAAGGCUCACUCAACUCCUCAACAUGGACGUGGUUCCUAGAGUCCCAUUGCGAGGCUCAAUAUCUGGCGUUGGGGAUAUGGUCAAUCAGUCCUAUGUUGCAAGUGUGCUUGCCGGUAAACCCUCUGUACAAGCCUGGAUUGGGGACCGCAUUCAGGGCGGACGCAGAUUGGUACCUGCUGAUGAAGCCCUGACGUAUGCAGAGAUUGAGCCGCUCGAAGUGCGCGCCAAAGAGGGCAUGGCGCUGUUAAUCGGAACAUCGUCAUCGUCGGGUGUAAGUGCGCUUGCAGUACAUGAGGCGGUUUGCCUUGCUGCAACUGUGCAGGUAUUGACAGCGAUGGCCGCGGAAGCAUUAUGUGCUGCCGAUAUGUGUUUCCAUCCUCUGUUGUCUGAGCUUCGUCCUCACCAAGGACAAUCCGAGUGUGCGAGGAACUUACGAUCAUUCAUUGAAGGGUCUAAGCUCAUUGUUUGGGACUCGGCCAAAGACGAAUUCAUGGCCCGGUCCGAUAAAUAUCCCGUCAGAGCUUCGCCACAAUGGAUAGGUCCUUGUCUAGAAGACCUGCAGCUUGCGCACUCCCAAAUUCUUAUAGAAAUCAAUUCUGCGACUGAUGCUCCUCUGAUAGACCAAUCAGGCAAGAUGAUUCACGGGGCAAAUUUCAUGGCGAAGUCGGUAACUUCAGCAAUGGAGAAAAUCCGCCAAGGAUGUCAGAGCCUGGGACAGAUCAUGUUCGCGCAAUGCACAGAGAUAAUUAAUCCGACGACGAGCAAAGGUCUGGCGCCGUUCCUGGUUGUCGACGAGCCAAGCCAAUCCGGUCUCUUCAAAGGGACCGAUACCAUGGCCGCCAGUCUCCAAAGUGAGCUAGGAUUUUUAGCUAAUGCAGUGGGAUCCAACGUCCAGUUCGCAGAAAUGGGUUUCCAGGCCAUCAACUCUUUGGCCCUCAUAUCGGCCCGAUACACUCUCACCUCACUCGACAUUCUUGCCCAGCUGGCAGCCGCUCAUCUAGUCGCUCUAUGCCAAGCGCUGGACUUACGAGCACUUCACAUGCAGUUCCUUUACGCUCUGGCUCCAAAGUUCAAGUUGCUCACGCGCCGUUGCCUUAGCGAGUGUACCGAGCCUACCACCCCAUCCAGCGAUGGGCCUGGUGCCGGAAUAGCAUAUGAGCUGUGGCUCACACUCUCUGAGCGGAUUAACACAACCACACAUCUUGACUCGCGCUCACGCUUCUCCCUAGCCCUCGACUAUCUACAAACCAUCUUCCUUCGCUACUUGCCGGCGAACUCUCGCUCUCUAGAAGCAGUACAACAGUGGAAUGCCGACUGCAUUCACGAGGCGUGUGCGACCUACGCUGCAGUGCGCACUCGCUAUCUUGCGAACCCGGAUGCGACACCAAUCCUGGGCAAAGCCAGCAAACGAUGCUACAACUUCGUAAGGAGGAAAUUAGAGGUGCCAUUCGUGGGAAACGAUUACUUCCGUAACGCUGAGAGGGACGACGGGACGAGACUGGGCAGCAGAGUCAAAUACAAGACCAUGGGAAGCAUGAAUACCGCGGUCUACGACAGUUUCAGGAACGGGGGCUUUUAUGCUGUGGUUGUGGAGUGUUUUGAGGAUGUCUGAAGCAUGUGUGGGUGGUGGUUGGGAAAUGAGAUAUGAUACCAGAGCUCUGCAGGAUACGCGCUUUUACCAAUACUAAAUAUUAACUGCGC